AUGAGAAGAUCAGACGAUAUAAAAGAGAUAACUCCUCGCCUUAUUACCUCCACGGUGAUAAACGCAAAGGCGAUGUGGUCGCGCAAGCAGUCAGUGUGCAGCGCUGUCAGCGGCGCGUCCAAGUGCGAUGAACAAGAAAUACACCUGCCGACUGGUUUGAAGAUAUAUCCCUUCGCUAUUGCGUUGCGCGUUAGAGUGUUACAGAUCGUCUGCGGUAUUGGUGGACUUGUUGUCGGAGCAGUCGGAUGGUUAGAGGAACGUCAGAAGCCAGAACUAGGACUCGGUGUUCCAGCUGGAGCCGUCACUGUAAUAGCUGCUGCGACAUCCGUGUACUACAGCCGAGGGUUCGGAGGCUGGGUCUCCGCUAGAUCAAGAACAACAAGGAACUGGGGAGCUCCAUGGAGAGCUCUUGGACCAUCACCGUGUGCCGCUAUACCUCUGACUAUAUUGUGGACCAUUGCUAUCACCGCCCAUAUAGCUAUGCUAGCCUUUUGUGUCAGAUCCUUAAUGAAUUUCGGAUGUAGCAGUACAACAUGCAUAGGCGUAGCGGGAGCACAAUUAGUAGUAUCAGUCACAACUUUAGCAGCUGCAUUCUUCUUAUUUCAACUAGAUCUACGUUUUGAUGCUGCGUUCUCACCACCGCGACCCUCUGACGCAAACAUCUGUACAGCGGUAUCUAUGGUACCAUUAACGUCAGUGGCGAUCAACAGCGGCAACAGUGCGGACGGAGGACCAGAAGGAAGUCCCCUCAACAAGGAGAAAGACCAACCGCCCGAUCCGCCGACUUGA